GCUGCUGCGUGCUAACUUCCACCCAUUCCACUUGCCCACCACCACCACCACCAUCAACCGUACACCACCACCACCACUACUCUCCCUCCAGCAUACGGUGAAGGAGGAGUUCUUGCAAGGAAAGAGAAUCAGAGAGGAGAAGAAAAUCAUAACGAGCCAAGCUGGGUCGAUUAUUCGGAACUUUGAUUCCUACCGCUGAUCCAACUGCUGGUUUGCGCAAAGGGAAAAGCAUGUUUCGAGCGCAGCAGAAUGAGUUUGACGAUGUCAUCGGUAAGUAAGGGUUCCUUCAUGCUUUGAUUGUGCGAUACGAUGCUGUAGCCUGUGAAUACGUGUGCUCACGAAACUUUAUUUCCGCUUCUUUUACGGCAAUAUAGCCAAGGCGACGGACGAGACGUUGACCUCGGAGAACUGGGAGUAUAUGAUGGAUGCUUGGGAAAAGAUUAAUGAGUCCGGGGAGAAUGGGUAAGCUUCUUUGUCGUUCAUCCGUAUUAUUAUUAUUAUUAUUUUUUAAAAGCAUCCCGCCCGCUGAUUGAUAACGACGACCUUUGUUGGCAGGCCGAAGAAUGCUGUCGCAGCGUUAAUAAAGAGGCUCGCUCACCGAAAUGCCGAUGUUCAAAUUUAUACACUCGAGGUGGGGCCGUUCAUCUCUACGGCUUAAAGCUGGUGUUUGUGAGAAUGUGUGGGCUGAUUAUUAUCCAUGGGGGGCCGUUUUUAGCUCGCGAAUGCCUUUUCGCAAAAUUGUGGCCCCAAGAUGCACCGGGAGCUUGCAUCCAGGUCAUUCACGGAGUCAUUGUUACGGCUAGCUGGUGAUCGGGUGCGUUUUCUCCUGUUCUGAUAUCGGCUGGGGGAACGGUUUGCUGAUAUUUCUCUCUUUGCUCUGCUAGAAUACUCACCAAAAGGUCAAGACGAAGAUUCUGGAGCGAAUGGCGGAGUGGUCCGAGAUGUUUUCGAAGGAGCCAGAUCUUGGCAUCAUGGAUCAGGCUUACAACAAACUUAAAUCUCAGAGUAGGAGAACUGGAUGGGGUUUUAUUUGGGUGAAUUGGGGCUAAUGAUCGAUAGACCCUACUAUCCAGGCACCGUCCAAGCCGCACAAGAGAGAGAUUACCGAUGUUGACAGACAAAAAGAGGAGGAAGAGCUUCAAAUGGCUCUAGCUAUAUCGUUAAAGGAUCGAACCGCGCAAGGAGCAGCUGCUGGGAAGUCGGCUCAGCAGCCCGCUGGCUCUGGCCAGCCGUCUCAAACUCAGGGCCAAGCUGAGGCUUCUCAGGUGGCACCACAUACUACGGCUGCUACCGUCUCGCGGGUCCGUGCUCUAUUCGAUUUCGUCCCUUCUGAAGCUGGUGAGCUGGCUUUCAGGAAAGGUGAUAUCAUUGCUGUGCUCGAGUCUGUCUACAAGGAUUGGUGGAAGGGUUCCUUGAGAGGCCAGACGGGAAUUUUUCCGCUAAACUAUGUUGAGAAGUUAUCGGAUCCUACUCCUGAGGAAGUCCAAAGGGAGGCGCAGAUGGAGGCACAGGUUUUCGCCGAGGUUAAGAAUGUGGAGAAGCUGUUGUCUCUAUUGAGUACUACCAGUGUGGAUACCAAUGUUCAGGAUAAUGAGGAGAUUACGGUAUACACUUUUGCCGAAUCAUCGGGCUAUGGACACGCUAAUUGGAUUAGACCUUGUAUCACCAGACGCUUGCUAUCCGCCCAAAGCUUAUCGAGCUUAUCGGAAAGUACUCCCAAAAGAAAGGUAUUGUGCAGUGUUUGCUUUUUCCUGAUUUGUCAGGUUUACUAACUAUGUUUUUUUUAGAUGACUUUAUGUCCUUGAACGAGAAGUUUAUCAAGGCUAGGAAGGAUUACGAAUCUCUGCUGGAGACAUCUAUGGCCCAACCAGCUUCUCAUUAUGGCCGACCAAAUCAAACUGCAUAUAACUAUGGGGGUGAUGCCUAUCCGGCCGGUAGUGGAGAGCCUGGCAGGUAUUACCCGCCUGCUCCCCAACAAAAUACCCCACAACAUAAUACCACAUCUCCAUCCAAUGCCCAUACCGCUUUCGCACCACCCCAACAGAAGCCUGCAGGGGCUCCAUAUCCUGGAGGACGUCGUGCAAGUAAUAGCUUUUACCCCCCGCAAGGUGAUGGCCGUGAUAAUUCAUCCCACGUAGGAGCUGCUCCCUUUUAUGUGGUUGGACAGGCCCCACCUGGUGCGCAAUUGCCCGGCCGUCAGGGCCCUUCUAGCCCAUCCGUGCCCGCUGCGGACCUCCAUUCUCAGAGGCCCCAUCCUGGUCAUGCGGCUUCGGCAUCUGGUGCGACUCCUGCAGAUGGCACGUCUCAGCCUCAGGAAUUGGCGACUUCGGUGUACGAUUCACCCAUGGAGAGUCGGCCACCCGGUGGAGGUUUCAACCCGCAGCCAUCCAAGUUACAGACUGCGGAUAGACCGCACUCUCCAAAGGUCCCUGGCCAGCCCUCAUACACCGGUUAUCACUACCAGCCCCAGUCAAGGCCUCUAUCCGCCGGUCCGAAUCCUGGCCAACCAUACCCAUCUCUCACACCUCAGCCCACCACUUCAGGAGGGGCUAGCAACCCUUCGGCGCCGUACAAUGCCUACAUCUCCCCUGCAGGCGGUGCCUCGCCCCAAUCGUAUUACUCCCAGGAAGCCCCACCCCAAACUCAUGGCUCCUCAGACCCACAGACAGGAACUCACGAUUACUACAAGAACAGUAAUGAGCUAUUCUUGCCGCCGGGAAGCAGGGCUCAGAGUUAGCUGGUUGGUUUAGCAAUUGUCUGGGUCGGUUUGUUAGUCAUCUAGUUUUGCCAUGUCCCAAUUAGUCUGUAAUAUUGGUGUGCGUGUGCUGUCUGUUUGUCUGUCUGUUUUUCCUGUCUCCGGUUUGAGGAAAGAGAAGCACUGGGAUUGGGAGGGACUGCUUUGUAGCGGCUGCGGGGAUUUGGAUUUGGACGGAUUGAUGGGAUGGCAUACCGUGGGCGAAUAGAGAUGGGAUUUGUUUUUCUUUAAUUUUUGUUUCUUCCUCCGUUCAUUUUCUUGAGUGCCCUGGCUAUUCUGUUUGCUUGUUCGUUUGUUUCUUUGUCUGGACGGUGAAUGGUUCGGCUUGAGAAAAAGUCGAUUUAUUUCAAUUUCACACAUGAUCUCUUCUUUCGACUUUGAUUUUUCACGAAUGCUGAGUUGUUUCGGGUUUUUUUAUGAUAGUGAUACCAAUCAUGAUGGUGGAAUGAACCUUU